UUUAUUUCUUUCUUUCUUCAUAUUGCAAAAGAAGGGGGAGAAAAGAAAGCAUGUGGAUUUACUUUCUGUAUUUGUUCUAUUUUACAAUAGCAGUGACAGUAGCACUUUCACUCUUACUUUAUACCUAUCAAUGCGAAUUACUUUAUGCUUCAGGUUUCCCGACUGGGUCGAGGACAGUGGUAGCAAGGCCUUCACAGUUUGGUCUACCUGAUAAAGAAGUGAUAUUAGUAACAGAGGAUGGAUAUCGUAUUAGAGCAUAUGUCAUGAUACAACGUGGUGAAGAAGUAGCGAUACAAUCACCUACUGUUGUUUGCUUUCAUGCACAUACAGGAAACAUGGGACAUCGGUUGCCUAUUGCGCAAGUGUUUUAUAAGAAGCUGGGCUAUAAUGUAGUGAUGCUAUCCUAUAGAGGAUAUGGUCUUAGUGAAGGCAAACCCACAGAAAAAGGUUUAAAGAUUGACGCGCAGACUGUACUUGAAUACAUUAAACAACACCCAAUUCUCAAGCAUACAAAGUUAGUUGCAUAUGGACAAUCAUUAGGUGGUUCAGUAGCUAUCAGUCUUGUCUCUCGAAAUGAAGAUAAAUUUGAUGCGCUUAUUAUUGAAAAUACAUUCUUGAGUGUGCCUCUUUUAGUACCUCAUAUAUUUCCCGCCCUAAGACAUUUAGUUUAUUUGGUGCAUCAGACAUGGAGGUCAUACAAGACAAUCAAAUAUGUACACCAUGUUCCUAUCUUGUUUCUGUCGAGUUUGAAAGAUGAAUUAGUGCCUCCUGGGCAUAUGGCAAAAUUAUACAACAUUUCUCAAACAAGUGGAGUCAAAGUAUGGAGGGAUUUCGAGAACGGUACACAUAAUGAUACAUGCAUGCAAAAUGGGUUCUUUGAAUCUAUUGCAGAGUUUGUAAGAGACAAUGUUUGGCAAUUGGAUUAAUAUUAUUUAUGCAUUAUAUACAUAUUUAUACAACAACAUCUAUACAUACACACACACACACACACACACACACACACACACACACACACACACACACACACACACA